UUUUAAGUUCAGCUGUAAACAUGGGCAAAGAACGAAAAAAGAAAAAGAAGAAGCCUUCAAAAUCUAAUAAAGGUAAACAAAAUGGUGAACAAAAUCAAUUAGAAGGUGAAGAAUAUACAAUUGAAGAACAAGUUACAGUUGAUGAAAACACUAAUGGACAUAAUGAAGCACCCAAAGAUGUCAACCAGGAAACCAUAAAGAAUUACAGUGUAGARGAUUUUCUUCAAAAGAUUGAGGAUUUUAUGGAUACUUUUAACUAUGAAUUAGCCCAAAAGUUCUGUGAAAGGGCUUUGGAAAUAGAUUCUAAUCAUUUGGAAUUACUGGAAACAGCUGGUGCUGUCUUUUUAGAAACAGGAGAAACAGAGAAAGCAAAAAAGUGUCUUGAGCAUGCAGUUGAAUUGUCACCUGAAAAUGGUCACACAAAGUACAUGUACCUUGGCCAAAUUCUCCAAGGACAAGAAGCAGUACAGGCUUUUACCAAAGGCAUUGAUAUMAUGGUGAAAACAUUAGAUUCAAAUCAAGAGGGUGCUACAAGUGCUGAUUCAGUCAAUCCUACAGAAAUUUCAACUGCAUACUGCUCAUUAGCAGAAAUCUAUAUGACUGAUGAGUGUUUUGAUUCAGAAGCAGAGAGUAAAUGUUUCCAGUUUUGUCAAAAGGCAAUUGAAUAUGAUUCAAGYAAUCCUGAUGCUUAUCAAGURAUGGCUAACUGCCUUCUUAGUCAAGAAAAAGUAGAGGAAGCUCGGUCAGUUUUGAAGAAGGGUCUUGAUUUGUGGCUUGGAAAAGAUGAAGAAGUACAGCAGGUCCCAAUGCCAGCAUAUGAAAGUAGGUUCACAACAGCAAAACUAGUACUGGAACUUGGAGAUUUUGAGUUGGCAGAAAGUGUAUUGCAAACACUGUUGGACGAAAAUGAUGAAGAUUACCAGGUGUGGUAUUUGUUAGGAUGGAUGUACCAUUUGUCAGGACAAGACAAUACCAGUAAAAAGAUUUGCCUGGAAAAGGCACAGAAGAUAAUAAACAAAUGCGAGGUGACAGAUGAAGACAUUAUGAAGCACAUAGAAGAGCUGUUGUCGGAAGCGUCAUGCGACGAUCAAAUAAUGGAUGAUGAUGAUGAUGCCGAGGAUGAUGAUGAAGAUGACAUGGAAACAUGACAACGACACACCUUUAUAAAAAAGUUAGUUCAAUUUCACGUAAUCAAAAUGUCAGGGCAGUCAAAGAGAACGAUUUUAAUACACAAAAUAGACAUUGAACAAUCCUUGAGAACUAAAUAAGCUUUAAAUUCUUUUAAAUAUCACUAAAGGUUUUUCAGUCGGACAGUAGAUCAUGUCAGCAAUGUCUGCACAUCUAGCUGUGAAUUCCGCUCUUGUAAAAUAUUUUGUAUUAAUAACAUUAUCAUAAUUUCAGUAUUAUAUUUAGCUUUUACAAUGUUAAUUUGAUUAUUCGAGGUACACAAAAAUGUUCUCGGCAAACGCGAAUGUUUCUCUGUAGAAAUUAUAGAGAAUAUUUUAACKGGGAGAGUAUUGUAACAAAUGAUACAUGUAUAGUCAUAAUAUUUUACUACUGGUGAUUUUACUUGCUACACAUGAAUGUUAACAUCGUUUGCAAAACGAUGAAACUGAACAUUUGUGACUUUUUUUACAAUUUUGCGUCAAAUUCAUAAGUUUGUACAAAACGGUUAUCUUCUAGUCCAUCAACCUUUGAGUAAACGCUCAACUAUAGUA